AUCUCACAUAUUGUUACUGUAUCGCGUUUAGUUCGUUUUAGUUUUUUUGACGCGCACUGAAGUGUUUUAUAACCAAAAUUUGGACAGGUUUUUUUUUCAAUCAGUGUUGUUAUGGGUUGCUACUCUAUUGGAUGUAAUAUAGGAAAAGGCGGGCCAUGCCCCCUCUACACAGCCAACCAAUUGGGUGGCACGCAGGAAAAGGAGGCUCUGGAGAGCCACAGUGCCAAUGAACGCGCUGAAAUGUUUGCUUGUCGUUCAAGGUAUUGAUCUCCGCCCCAAGAAUGUGCUGCAGAAGAUGGGACUCUGAUAUUCUGUCACAAGGUUUACCAUUCGCUCCGCGCUUUACGUAUUGUCAAAUGAGACUUUAGAUACGUCUUUAGCACAGGCUGGUUACAAGAAAUAUUUCUACUCUUCUCCCAGACCGUGGCGAUCAUCGCUCGCAACCAUAGGUCCACGCAUUAGCUCGCCGCUUUACGCAUCAUACAGAAUGGCUGGUAAGGUGGGUACACGAGAAUGUCAUAAAAUUCGGGGUGCUCAACUUCGAGACCUUCUGGACUCCAAGCACAACAUCUUGUUUGACUGCGACGGCGUCAUUUGGAAUGGGGAAACAGUCGUGACUGGUGCGCCUGAAGUAGUCACACUGCUGAAGCAGUUGGGCAAAAAGGUCUUUUUCGUCACCAAUAAUUGCACCAGGCCGAGAGAGAACUACGUUCAGAAGUUUGCCCGAUUGGGCUUCACCGACGUGGCCGAGGAGGAGAUCUUCAGCUCGGCGUAUUGCUCUGCAGCUUACUUGAGGGACGUAGCCAAGGUACAAGGCAAAGUGUAUGUCAUCGGUUGUCACGGCGUGCACAAGGAGCUGCAAGACGCCGGGGUACCCGUCGUGGAAGAUGUAAGUGACGGACCUGACGUCAGUAUUUACAACUUUCCCCUGGAGCCAAACGUCAAGGCAGUCCUCGUUGGCUACGACGAAAAGUUUACUUUCAUGAAACUGGCCAAAGCCUGCUGUUAUCUAAAGGACAGCGACUGUAUCUUCCUCGCCACCGACCCUGACCCAUGGCACCCGCUCCGAGGGGGCAGGAUCACACCAGGUUCGGGCAGCCUGACGGCGGCGUUGGAGACGGCGAGCGGCCGCAAGGCCACGGUGAUCGGCAAGCCCAGCCGCUUCAUGUACGAGUGCAUCAGCAGCCAGUUCGCGCUGGACCCGGCGUGCUCGCUCAUGAUCGGCGACCGGCUGGAGACCGACAUCCUGUUCGGCGCCAACUGCGGCCUGGACACCAUGCUGACGCUGACCGGGGUCUCCACGCUGGAGGAGGCGCUGGAGUACCGCGACGCCCCCGCCGACUCUGAGAAGAAGGACUAUGUGCCGGACUACGUGGUGGACACCGUCGGGGACUUCAUCCAGGCCCUGGAGGACUAAAGGAGGAACAUUCUCUUCCUUCCCCCUCUCUCUCCACUACUACCCCUCUCCAACCACUCCCCCACCACCCUGGGAGGAGGAACAUGUCUG